UUUGAAAGUGCCCACCAGCUUUGUUUUUUUGGUUUUUUUUAGAGGCGACGCGACACGAGUAGGAGAAGCUGUUAUUUUUGACGAGACGAUGAACACUUUCGACGAAGCAGAUCUAAAAAUGUAUUUUUAUGAGAACAGACUAAAAACGUAUGAAGGCUGGCCUUUCAACGAAGACUGUACGUGCACCCCGGAGAACAUGGCCMGAGUUGGCUUCAUCCACACUCCGUCAGAAAACAGUCCAGACAUCGCCAUGUGUUUCUUCUGCCUCAAAGAGCUUGAGGGCUGGGAGCCAGAGGAUGACCCAGAGAAAGAGCACAAGUCUCAUUCACCAUCCUGCCACUUCAUUGCCCUGAAGAAAAAAGUAGAAGAGCUGACUGUGGAAGAGUUCUUACAUUUAGAGAAGGAGAAGCUCAAAUUCAUGAUUAAAAAAAAAGGAAACGAGGCCAUUGCCAAGUUUGAGGAAGCAGCCAAACAGAAAAACACAAACAUCAUCAAGACGGCCUUGGGAGAGGAGUGACCAAGAUGAACCAGAUGUGCAUGAGAGAAGAAAGCUGACUGUAAUCGAGUCAUUUCUCAGAGAUUUGUAAAUAGUUUUUACUGCUUCCUGUUUAAUCUUUGUGUUUAUUUUAAAUAAAWUUUUGUUGAUGCUUUUGUAACUGACUACAUAAUAAUCCACAUACAAGUCAUUUGUUUUAGUCGUUAGUUUUGAGGCCACUUUAACUGCUUGUUAAAGUAUAGAUGGAUGGAUUUUCAUUUUGAUAAAGCUGUUUUCAUGACUUUUACUGGUCUUGCUUGUUUACUACAACAGCAUAAAAAUUCGAGAAAUUCAA